AGAUGCUUGACAGAGUUUCCCCCUUUAAGCACGUUUUCAGCCUCUGUGAUGCUCUGUGGAUAUCGGUGCGCGGGGAGCCCCCUGUGCGUUUGAGGCUGCUCAGAUUGGCACCCACUGUUCACACCCUCACUAUACAAUCGACGCAGCGUCACUGCAAGUCCAAACCGACUUGACUUCAUUCCUCAAGCCACAUCAUUACAGCUCCUUUGUGUGACCCGACGCAGUCCAUCGCCUCUGCACUGCGUUUCCAAUUUGGAUCGGUAGCUUUACGCAUCCAGGACGCACUUCUGCUGCUUCCAGUCCAGAGGACCCGGAGGAUGGUGCUGUGGCGACGCAGACAUCAGAGGACAAGGCUUAAUUUCCGCGGACUUUAGAUGAAAAAAGUUUGGUCCUUUUAUUAAGAGUUUUCAACCAACGCGCAUCGGAGGAACAGUAACCAAAGAGUGUAAUUUAGAGAUCGGCAAUCUUCACUUGAACUCCAGCGCAACCAUGAGGGACAGACUAAAUCACCUGCAACUAGUGUCCAAUGUCAACAUUGAGCCAAUGGAAUAUGAGGAGUCCACUACGUCUGACUCCUUCAGUAACAUCGACCUGGAGGAGGAAUUGCCUCAUGAGGCAGUCAUUUUUGACAGUAGCCCUGCAUUGUCUGAGAUCUUUUCCCAAUCACAAGACAUUCACAGAGAGAUCCAGCUCAUCCGCCUGGAGGUGAAAAGGCUUCGAGAGCAGAACUCUCGCAUGUUCCAAGGCGUCACCACCCUCAGUACAAUCAAAAGAGACACUAAUGCUAUCGGUGCUGACAUAAAGAAAAGGGCAGAAGGUGUGCUAGCCCGCCUGCACGACAUGGAUGGGACAGCCCAUAAGCUGAAAGAAUCUUAUGGCCCUAAUUCUGCCGUCACGCGCAUCGCCAGAACCCAGUAUGCUUGCCUCAGUAAUGGUUUUCGUGACGUCAUGUUUGACUACAACGAGGCUGAGAUGAGCCAUCGUGAGACCUGCAAGACACAGAUCCAGAGGCAAAUGGAGAUAGUGGGGCGUGAGGUGACGGGGGAAGACUUGGAGGAGAUGAUUGAGAAGGGCCAGUGGAACAUCUUCACUGACAAUGUAGUGACAGAAGGUAAAACCGCUCGAUCAGCUCUGUCCCAGAUCGAGAAGCGUCACCAGGAGCUGAUGGAUCUGGAGAAUCGUAUCAAAGGUAUCCAUGAAAUCUUCCUGGACAUCGCUCUGCUCGUGGAGGAACAGGGUCCCAUGCUCGACACCAUCCAGACCAACGUUCAAAAAACAGACGCAGGAUUGCAGGAUGCCCUCGUCAAACUUCGCACCGCCAAACGUCACGACAGAGACAACCCUUUCAAAAAGAUGUUCUGCAGCUGCUUUCCAUGUUACAAAUAAAGACAAUCAAAAAAAAAACAUGGUUGGAGGGAUGUCACAACAAAAAACAAACAUUUUCUCUCUGACAUUAGAAAAUUAUGGUUACUGAAUGAAAACGGGCUGGUUAGAAUGGGACAAAAAGUUUUGCUAGCAUAGGAAAAAAAAACUGUACUUUAAUUAAAUUAUUGUUUGUUAGAAGGUUUUCAGACUAACUCAUAUCACAACAAAUUCCCCAAUGACUGAGACUUUUUUUAGUUUUGUGACCUCGGAGAUUUUAGAGGAUAAGAAAGUGUUUUAAACCCUGGAAAAAUUGUGUUGCACUGUGUUGCCCUGAGCAGAAAAAUGCCAAAAAAAAGCCUUUUCAAAUACUACUUUUGAAACAACUUUGUCCUUUUGCACUGGUAAAAUGAAAAGCUAAUCAAAGGAUGAGUACCAUUUACAUGGAUUCUUAAAGUGUUUUCUGUAUUUAAUAAAGGAAUUUGUUGGUUAGGAUAAAAAAUAUCCCUUCAUGUUUCUUUCUCAGAGUGGUCCUUGUCUUGUGAGGGGAACAGCAACAAAACCUUAAAUUGAGCAUUGAGAUUUUGUGCUUCAAACACCAUUUCUGUAAAUAAUUUCCGAUGAUGGUACAAUGACUGUCUGUCUACGUGUAUUUAACGCAAAACAAUAAAGAAGACACUUGAAA